CUUGAUAAAACAUAGGCAACCCAACGUCUUCUGCUCUUUUAUCCUUGACAUCCCAUCAUGACUAGUUCAUCAAAGAAGAGUGUCCUGAUUAUCGGAGGUGGAGCGGUGGGAGCCAUUGCUGCAUUGAACCUUGAAGUCGGCGGACUUGCGAGUGUUACUCUCGUACUACGAUCGAAUUUCAACGCGGUAAACGAGCAUGGUUUUGAUAUCAAAUCAUGCGAUCAUGGCAGGGUCAACAGCUGGAAGCCGAGCGUAGUCCGCAACUCAAUUCCCGAUAUCGCGAAAGAGUCUCUCCCAUCGUACGACUACAUCGUCCUCUGCACGAAGAAUAUCCCAGACGUUCCGCCCACAGUAGUCGAUCUUGUUACGCCUGCCUUACCCGAAACCAACACGCACACCACCCUGAUUCUCCUCCAGAAUGGCCUCCACAUCUACAGACCAUUCUUGGAAACUCAUCCCCAGACACCCGUGCUAAGCGGUAUUUCCAUGAUCGGCAGCGAAGAGAUUUUCCCCGGACAGAUCAUCCAAGACGAAGGCGACAAGCUCAUCAUCGGCGCAUUCCCGAAUCCCAACAUCGAUCCCCCUACUUCCGCAGCGCUCGAAUUCGUCAACAUCUACAAGAACGGCGGAAAGACGGACUGCAAGCUCAGUGAAGACGUGCUACACGAUCGAUGGCGGAAGCUCGUCUACAACGCGUGUCUGAACCCGAUCUGCGCGAUCCUAGGCCUAGAUACAGGAAGACUGAGACUGUCUGCGGAUGGAGAGGUGGUAGAGCACUUAGUUCGGCCGGCGAUGUGGGAGAUUGUGGAGGCAGCGAGGGCGAAUGGGGUCGUGCUUGACGAGGAUGUGGUGCAAAAGAUGAUCGAUGCGGACCCGCUGCAGAGCUACCUGAACCCUUCCAUGCUCGCAGAUGUGAAGAAGGGGAAUCUCAUCGAGCACGAAAAUUUGCUAGGUGAGCCGCUGAGGGAGGGGAAGAAAGCGGGUGUCAUGAUGCCGAAGAUUGAGAUGUUGUAUUACAUGGCGAAAGGGAUUCAGUGGCGGACUAUGGAGGUGAGGGGGAUGGUGGAAAUCCCGCCGAAGAAUGUGUAGCUGCCUUGGGCAACCUCGAAGUAGAAGCUGAG